CAAUAAUUUUGAUUCCUAAGAUAUGGACGCUUCGGAGUUGGAGACACGAACUAAUUCCACCGCCACGGCGGUGGAGGAAGAGGAAGAAGAGGAGUACGUUUUGCUUGAUUUGGAUGGCGCUUCCGACCACAUUAGCAUUCCUCCCAAUGCGCCAUACCAACUCUCUGGCCUGGACACUCCCAAUCCGAUUCUGCUGAUAGAUAACAAAAUUAAAUUGAUAGGAGAAUAUAAAGAGACAAUUGAGACUUGCUUUGUUUUCAAUCAAUCUGAUGGAUCUCCUAUUGUUCACCAAGAGACAGGGCCUUCGGAAGCCAGUCUUUUCUCCGGAAAAUACAUAAUAGAUCCCGACAAAACCCCAACCAAACAAGUAAGUGCAGUUGCUUCCUUGCACAAAAUUCUCAAAUUUAGACUAUUUUCAGAAGUUAAUGAUUCUAAUGUAGAAAAACCAAGCAUGCAAUGA